AUGCCGGUGAUGAGAGGGCUGCUGGCCCCACAAAACACCUUCCUGGACACCAUCGCCACCCGCUUCGAUGGCACCCACAGCAACUUUGUUCUGGGAAACGCCCAGGUGCAGUCGCUCUACCCCAUCGUCUACUGCUCGGACGGGUUCUGUGAGCUCACUGGUUACGCCCGCGCCGAGCUCAUGCAGAAGAGCUGUGCCUGUCACUUCCUGUACGGCCCGGAAACAAGCGACAGGUUAACGGCCCAGAUCCAAGGAGCGCUGGAUGAGAGGAGGGAGUUCAAGACCGAGUUGGUCUUCUACAAGAAGGAAGGUACACAGUUCUGGUGUCUCCUGGACAUUGUACCCAUUAAGAAUGAGAAGGGCGAAGUGGUUUUGUUCCUCGUGUCCCACAAAGACAUCACUGACAAGAAGAAGGACCAGGAUCCUGAGCAAGGGCCCGACACAGAUGAGGAGACAGGUCUGGAGGUGCAUCAGGUAACUCGCCCUCCAGGCUUCAACGCCAACCGGCGCCGCAGCAGAGCUGUUCUCUAUCACCUGUCAGGACACCUGCAGAAACAAGACAAGGGCAAGCUCAAGAUCAACAAUAACAUGUUCGGGGAAAAGCCUCCGAUCCCGGAGUACAAGGUAGCAGCCAUCCAGAAGUCUCGCUUCAUCCUGCUUCACUAUGGAACCUUCAAGGCUGGCUGGGAUUGGCUGAUUCUGCUGGCGACCUUCUACGUGGCCGUCACCGUGCCCUAUAACGUGUGCUUCACAGUGGUGGGAGGGCGGGACGAGGGGAACAGCAGCGCCCCGAGAAGCCCGCCCAGCGUCAGCGACAUCCUUGUAGAGAUCCUGUUUAUUUUAGACAUUUUGCUGAACUUUCGAACUACUUUUGUGAGCACGUCGGGUCAGGUAGUGUACGACGCCCGCUCCAUCUGUGUGCACUACGUCACCACCUGGCUCUUUGUCGAUCUCAUUGCCGCCCUGCCCUUUGACCUGCUGUAUGCUUUCAACGUCAGCGUGUACUUCGGGGUCCACCUGUUGAAGACGGUUCGGCUGCUCCGGUUACUGCGGCUGCUGCAGAAGCUGGAGCGAUAUUCCCAGUACAGCGCUGUGGUUCUCACCCUGCUGAUGUCCAUGUUCGCCCUGCUGGCCCACUGGAUGGCCUGUGUCUGGUACUUCAUAGGCCGCAGGGAGAUUGAGAGUCCUGGCUCCUGGGAUAUUGGAUGGCUCCAUGAGCUGGCCAAGCGGCUAGGUACCCCCUACUUCCUGUCCCCCCUGACGACGCUGGUCUCUGCCACAGUCAGCAGCCUCCCGGCCAACAGCAGCCAGUGGAAUGUGUCGGGGUCGGAGGUCGGAGGGCAAGGCUCCUGGAACUCCAGUCAAUAUUACGGAAACGUGUCGGGAGGCAAGGCCGUGUCCGGGACGGACCCCGGGGGCGGGAGCUUCGGUGUGCUGGGCGGUGGGCCGUCGAUGCGGAGCAGCUACGUGACGUCGCUCUACUUCGCUCUGAGCAGUCUCACCAGUGUGGGAUUUGGAAAUGUGUCAGCCAACACAGACUCAGAGAAGAUCUUCUCCAUCUGCACCAUGCUCAUAGGAGCGCUGAUGCAUGCAGUGGUAUUUGGUAAUGUGACAGCGAUCAUCCAGAGGAUGUACUCACGCCGCUCACUCUACCACACCCGCACCAAGGAUCUGAAGGACUUCAUCAGGGUCCAUCGGCUGCCCAAGGCCCUGGAGCAGCGCAUGCUGGAGUGUUUCCAGACCACAUGGUCGGUCAACAACGGAAUAGACGUUAGUGAGCUACUGAAGGACUUCCCAGACGAGCUGAGGGCUGACAUUGCCAUGCACCUGAACAAGGAGCUGCUCCAGCUGCCCCUGUUCGAGUCGGCCAGCAGGGGCUGCCUGCGCUCCCUGUCCCUCAUUAUCAAGACUUCCUUCUGCGCUCCGGGCGAGUUCCUCAUCCGACAGGGAGACGCCCUGCAGGCCAUCUACUUCGUGUGCUCUGGGUCCAUGGAGGUCCUGAAAGACAACACUGUGCUGGCCAUACUGGGUAAAGGAGAUCUGAUUGGUUCGGACUCCCUGACAAAGGAGCAGGUGAUCAAGACCAACGCCAAUGUCAAGGCCUUGACCUACUGCGACCUGCAGUACAUCAGCCUCAAGGGCCUCCGAGAGGUUCUGCGACUCUAUCCCGAGUACGCCCAGAAGUUCAUCAGCGAGAUACAACAUGACCUCACGUACAACCUGCGGGAGGGCCACGGGGCUGACGUGGACUGGGAAAGUAACGGGGGCUUGGUGAAGAAACUGCCGUCGAUUCGUGAGGACGAGGAGGGUGACGAGGAGCAGAACUCGGUGUCCCGUGCUUCUCGCUCCCCGCUGCGCCUCAGCAGGGGGCUCAGCUCGCCCCUGCGCUCCCCUCUGCUGCCACCCAGGCCGUUCCGCGCCCCCUCCGAUCAUUCCCGCCCCACCACCCUGCAGAUACCGGUGGUCAGCUUCAGCAGCGCGCCUCCUGAACUCAGCCCAAGGUUCGUGGAUGGCAUUGAAACCGAGAGCAAUUCCACCUCCUCACAGAAGUUCGAGUUCAGUCCCAGCCUGUCGCCUGCAGCACCACCCUCUCCAUAUCCAGGGAUCCGGGAACACUCAGAGAUCAAGCACAGUGUAUCUAAACUGAGUGAGGAGAUGAACAGUCUCUCUAAACAAGUCUCCAAGCUCAGCCAGGAGCUGCAUGAAAUGACAUGCCUGCUUAAGCCCCUCCUCCAAACAGCAUCGCCACCACUCUUGAUGACCAUCAUGCCAAAUUUAACCCCACCCCCUAGCAGUGCCAGCCAGCUAUCAACAAGCACCUGUCUCGUGUUGCCGCCCCCCGUCACGUCCUGUUCCUACCAGAGACCUGACACUCAUUCCCUGUUGGACAGUGGAGACACAGAGGGUGUGGAUCUGCCAGGAUGCCUUCUUCCAACUCCUCAUUCACCAAAAAGGCCUAAUUUGUCUUCUUCAGCAUCGAUACAGACCCCGCCCAAACCCUCAGGGGGCAGCAUGAAGGGUCACCCCCACUCCAACCUCCCCUCACCAGAGGAAGGACUUCCUGAGGGAUCCCCAGUCCUCCAAAGUCUCUUCUCUUCCUCGAGUAAUGGGAUAUUUUUGCCCUCGCCGCAGGACCAGCCUCCCCUGGCCUCUCACUCUCCUUCACCUUCUCUCUCCUUUUCUAUGUCUCUCUCCUCCUCGCCAUCCCUUUCCCCCUGCCAAGGCCCCCACCUGUCCCGACCUGGUAGCUGUGCCAGCAGAGGCCUGCUACCCCCACCUCCCUCCCAGGACACCCCUCCUCCCUUGUCCUCCCAUUGCUCCGCUCCCCCAUCGCUCACAUCCUCCCCUGGAGACCUUCGGCUGAGGCCUUCCCCUUCCGUCCCUCUCGUAUCCCCCACCGUCACCCUCCACCCUUCCACCCACUCCCUGCCCCUGUCUCUGGACUUUGUUAGAGAAACCCAGACUCCCCUUCAGUGUAAGUCACAGCUGCGCCACAGGGAGGCCAGACCUGUCACCCAUCCCCAGGAGCUGGAGAUGCAGGAGUGGGGACGACAGGCGAAGGAGGGGAAGACCUCCACAGAGGACAUCAGUUUCAUUGAUGAAGAGGAGCCGACAUUAUGA